GAUAGGCUGAGGCUGCUGUGAGUGAGUGCAGGGGAGGCCAGUAAGAAGGUGAGUGGUCUGGGAGCCUGUUAGGGGGGCAGGCAGCUGCACAGAGCAGUAACCACUGCCUCUUUAAGCCUAAGGUAGUCCUCAUUUCAGCUGCAGACUGAUAGACAGAGAGCAGGGAGGGCUGGAGACAGGUCUGAGAGAGGGAGAGGGAAGAAAGUGAGAAACUGUGAACAGGGAAAGUUAGACUAUAAGUAGUCCUACGUGUGUGUCCACUCUUCCUUCCCUCUGCACUACCUGAGGCACACAUACACACAGAGAGAGAGGUGUUUAAGGAAGGCUUAGAGGGCCGACUCUCCAGGGAAGAAGGGAAUUAAACACUUUGUUUUCAAUUCUUAGCGUCCAUUCUCAGGACAAAAAAAAGGAUUACAGCUUGUUCGCCAGCCCCACUUGUUCCUCUCUUCUCCCUGCAUUUUGUCCUCCCUGAGUCACUUUGGAGACUUUGGAUACAACCUUCUUGAACUGUUGGUUGGAGCUCAGAGAGGCAUGGCAUACGGACAAAAGACCCCCAGGUGGGCAUUAACCCAGGGCUCCUUCAGCUUGGCACUGGGCCUGUCGCUCUUCUCCCUCCUCCUCCUCCUCCUCACCGUCUCAGCCGCAGAUGAGUACGACUACUACAGCUGGCAGUCGGACAACUUCCACAAUGGCCGCUUCUACACCAAGCAGCCGCAGUGCGUGGACAUACCAGCUGACCUGCGCCUGUGCCACAACGUGGGCUACAAGAAGAUGAGGCUGCCAAACCUGCUGGACCACGAGACCAUGCCAGAAGUCAAGCAGCAGGCGGGCAGCUGGGUGCCCCUCCUGGCCAAACGAUGCCAUGCUGACACCCAGGUCUUCCUGUGCUCGCUGUUUGCACCCGUGUGCCUGGACAGGCCCAUCUAUCCAUGCCGCUCGCUGUGUGAAGCCGUGAGGGACAGCUGUGCUCCGGUCAUGGAGACCUACGGCUUCCCCUGGCCGGAGAUGCUGACCUGUGAUAAGUUUCCCAUUGAUAACGACCUCUGCAUCCCCAUGCAGUUCGCUGGGAACCAACCCACUCAGCCACCAGCGGUGACCAAGGUGUGCCCUCCCUGCGACAACGAGCUGAAGGCAGACAACAUCAUGGAGCAUUUCUGCGCCAGUGACUUUGUCCUCAAAAUGAAAAUCAAGGAGGUGAAGAAGGAGAAGGGCGACCGGAAGCUGAUUGCAGCACAAAAGAAGAAGAAAGUGUUGAAGCAGGGUGUGCUGAGGAAGAAAGACCUGAAGAAACUGACCCUGUACAUCAAGAAUGGCGCCAACUGCCCGUGCGCCCAGCUGGACAGCCUGGGCACCAACUUCCUCAUCAUGGGCCGCAAGGUGGACCAGCAGCUGCUGCUCAUGUCCAUUCACAAGUGGGACAAGAGGAGCAAGGAGCUCAAGUUUGCCAUCAAGUACAUGAAGUCCCACCAGUGUCCGACCUACCACACCGUUUUCCAGUGAUGCGGCUCACUUUACUGUUCACAAAAGUCAUGAUCGUUAGCCACAUUCCAAGUAGAAGUUAUUCUCUUUUUGAUACUGCAUUUCUGAAACCUCAUUUCCAGCAAGACAUGUUAACAGCCCACUGCUCAGUCACGGAAGGGGAUACAGAGUGACCAAGAUCUAGCAUGAAUCUGGUAGUCAAGGGGCCCAUCCUGAUCUGCUCAGAUCAAUCUCAAAUUGUAAUGCUGCAGAGUCGAUAAGAUGCACAAUCUGCAGCUCCUUAACAAUAAUAGAGUCCCCAAAGAAACCACAGAUUACAAACAAGAUGGGUGCAAUUAUUUUAUUUCUCAGAGAAUAACAGACAUGUAACCUACCCCCUACAGUCUGAGUAUUCUUCCUUAACAAUUCUACUUUUCUCUUCUGAUAUAGAAUCAACCAAUCACUUGUAUGAUAUUUUACAGAAACUUUAUCAAUUAGAUAGUGUCAAUAAGAAAUGUGAACCUUCAUAUUUGAGUCAGUUAUUAGGGGAAAUGUAUUUGAUAAUAUCUUAAUUAUAGACUGACAGAAUUGGAGCGGGGAGGUUUGUUUCUGUGUGAGAAGAGAAAUGAUACCCUACAUUUAUGUAGGCUCUGCACGGGCACAACGGCACAGAGCCCCUCGACAACAUCAAAGCAGAGAAAUGUAGAUGAUCCACUUAAGUGUGUGUUUUGAUAGUGUACAAAGUAGGUAAUUAAGAUGAAUACUAGAUGAUUAGAUAACUGGGCUUUUUUUCUUUUAUCCCUGGCGGGAAGAGAAGACUAAUGGAAGAAGACAGACUGACGGACUGGAUGAUGCUUCCACUGACUUUGUACAGCACCGUUUUUGUGGCCUGAAAGAGAGAAACUUGAAUAUAUUUGCUUUUUCAGUUGGAUAGAGGGAGGUUCAGACAGAGAAGACAUCUUCCUGAAAAGGAGAGGAGGAGAAGAAGAGAGAAGAAAGAGAGAAAGAGACUCUGGACAGAACCAACAGUGUUGGCUUGAUAAGUCUCUGAUACUUGCUAUUUUUCACUAUAACUCUUCAUUUUUUGUACUCAAAUUGUUGAAUUUGCUUCAAACAUAUAUUGUAUGAAAGCAGAAAUCAUACGUACAGACAUAGCACCUGAACUCACUGUUGCUGUAGCAAUAAAAGAUGAAAAUUUAACUUUGACGAUAUUUUCUAAUCAGUUAACCUGUAAGUAGUUCUGUUACUGAAAUACAACUUUGUUUUACAAGAAAGUAAAUGAAUAAAAUAUAUUUCAAAUUUUUAUAAAGAAUA